AUGGAGCACUACAAACUCAAGCAGCUGGCGGCCGAGGCCGAAAUGACACUCGAGAAGGGCAAGGAGCGCGCGGUCGCCGCUCGUGGCGGCAUUGAGACGCUCAUCUCGAACCGCGACGUGCUGUUGCCGCAGGCGUGGUGGCGCAUGGUAUGUGCGCACCUCGCGUCGCCCAUCACUGAGAAGGAGGCAUUUGACCUCAAGCAGCUGCGCGUCGUGGCUUCCAUGUGCGAACCGUACAAGGCGACGUUCACCUCGGUGGCGCUCAUGCAAAAUGCGCUCGUGGCGAUUCCGUGGACGGUGGAGGCCGUCUCGCUGCUGCACGGCCACCCCAAGCCGGCGUACGAAGGUCUCGACCGCGUGCUCAGCGAGAGCUCGCACGAUCCCAAUGCGCUCUCUGCCCUCCGUGGCGUCCUCACGCGCAUGGACGCGUGGGUCUCCAAGACCAAGAAGUUUGCGGCCAAGCUCGAGAAUACGGGCAAAAAGCUCGAGAACGCCAAGAUCCAAGUCGUCCUCAACGAGUACAUGAAGCUGCCGCUCACGUGUCCGUGGGGCGCGCGGCUGCAGUCGUUCAUGGCCGGCGUAGCCAAGUGGGAGGCGUCGGGCGCGACGCCUGUGCUCAUGCCGACGCACUCGAUCACGCUCGAACUCGAUCACGCUGCCGAGCUCCCCGGUCGCGACGGCACCGAAACGCAAGGGUAAGCCCAGCAGUGGGUCCAAUCCCAAGCGCGUCAAGAGCGAAGACGACGUCUCGAAGCGGU